AUGCUUUUAAAUUGUAUCGCAUUUCAAAGCACCGCAAUUGUGUGGAUACGGGAUCACAGACUGCAUCACAAAUACAGCGACACUGACGCGGAUCCGUACAACGCUUCUAGAGGAUUUUUCUUCUCGCACAUCGGAUGGUUGCUUGUGAGGAAGCACCCGAAAGUGAUAGAAAAAGGGAAGACAAUUGAUAUGAGCGACAUUAAUACUCGUAACAAUCCCGUGUUGAAAUUUCAACAGAAAUAA